UACGUCGCUCGGAAAUGGCACAUUACAAGUGGUCGGGAAGAGGAGUCGAAAGUUUGUGAAAGGUAGUUUGUUGUCUUUAAAAUGUUCAUAGAGAAAUAGGAUACAUAUAAUCGAAUAAUAUAUUACAGGUGUUGAUAUAGUGCGAAUGUACCUUUUUGACUCGGUUAUUCGUUCUAAGGAAGCGGUCGGUCGCGAGAUAAAUGGUCAAUAAGUUUUGUCGAAUUGAACAGAGAAACGACCACGGGAGGGUUUGAACAUUUCACAUUUCCAUAGGUAGAAACGUUGAAGAAAUGACGAAUAGAGAAGACGAAUAUGACUAUCUUUUCAAAGGGAAAUAAAGUGCACAGGGUCCUUUGUUCAAAUGUAGAACCGCAAACAAGCAUGUGUUGUCAAACUGGAAAGACCUGCAUGAAUCAAUGGUGCUGAUUGGGGACUCUGGAGUGGGGAAGAGUAACCUGCUGUCCCGCUUCACCCGCAACGAGUUCAACCUGGAGAGCAAGAGCACCAUUGGGGUGGAGUUUGCCACGCGCAGCAUCCAUGUGGAAGGCAAGACUGUCAAGGCCCAGAUCUGGGACACGGCAGGACAGGAGCGCUACAGAGCCAUCACCUCAGCGUACUACCGUGGGGCAGUGGGGGCUCUGCUGGUGUACGACAUCGCCAAGCACCUGACGUAUGAAAACGCUGAACGCUGGCUGAAGGAGCUGCAGGACCACGCUGACAGCAACAUUGUCAUCAUGCUGGUGGGAAACAAGAGUGACCUGCGCCACCUCAGGGCUGUGCCCACGGAUGAGGCCAAGGCCUUAGCAGAGAAGCAUGGAUUGUCUUUCCUGGAGACCUCGGCGUUAGACUCUUCUAAUGUGGAGCUGGCUUUCCAGACUAUUCUCACAGCCAUCUACAACAUUGUGUCCCAGAGGCAAAUGACGGGCCGCAGUGACGCCGACUUCUCGCCCAACUCCAAUGUGGUGCCGAUCACGGUGCAGCCCACGCAGAACGCUGCCAAGUCGAGUGCCUGCUGCCAGAACAACUGAUGCCUCACUACUGUCAGGGACAGACGAGUAGACGGGAGGGAGGACUGGGAGACAAGGAGGAGAAACCUAGAGACAAGGAUACAGGCAGACAGAAACAAGUGGAGAGAUACACAGGGAGACAGAAGGACAGGGAGACCAAGGGGGCAACCAAGUGUUUCCAUAGCCUCUAUGCAUUGUUUCCUCUGAGAAGUCUGUCCUCAUCUAAUUCAAUAAGCUUUAUGGUUAUGCCUUGGCUUGAUUGGUUUUAAAUAUGAAAGAGGACAUGAAUUAAUUUACAUGAAUUGAGAAAUGAAGCAUGUUUGGAUAUGGUCCUCCAUAUCUUUCCAGUUUCUCACUCAUUGGGAACUGACCCCCCCCCCAUAUUGUCUGCUCAAUUUAAUAAGCCUGUGAACACACCCAAUUCCCCAGCACAGAGAAGGGGCAAUAAGAUUCGGCAGUGAAGACCUGAUUUCACUGAAAUGUAACCACCACCUCUCCAUUGUCAGGCAGCUCCUCCCAAACAUAUUUGAGUUUGUCCCAAUUAUAUUUAUUUCACACUAUAUUGAGGUCUUGUUUGACCAAAGGGUUUGUGCUAACAUGCAACGCUGGGUGGGUUUGAUCUGAAGCUGCUUACUAUAUAUAUAUAUAUGACGGGUGUCCUCUCUCUUUUUGUUCUUGAUUUCACUGGUAAUCAAAUCCUUUUAUGAUACAGUUAUUAAAUGUAACUACUCUUGGCUAAUGGGGAACCGAGGAGUUAAGCCAUCUUAUCCCAAAUGUUCCUGGUCGAAUGUCAAGCCAAUCUAAACUGCACAAAAUGGGGGUCCGUGAAGAACUUUUCAGUUUGCUCUUCAGAUUUUUUUUGUGAUCAACAUUUUCCUCCCUGUUGAAACUCAUUACAAAGUACUUUGUGCACAGCAAUAUUUCUCACAUAGGCCUAUUCUUUGUUAGCAAAAAAGACAGUCUUGCUCUUUUGGGUGUUAUCCUUUUAUCACCGUGAACCAUCCUUUUCCGGUUUAACUGAAUUACUGUCGCUUUCUCCUUGACUGUGGAGAUAUGUGAGGGUGAUGAGGGGAUAUUGGUUGGAGUGGUGGUCAUAUACCAUGGUCUGAGUGGAGCCCUCCCUGCGGCCUGCUGUCCUAGAUGGAUGGACAGCUCAUGUUGCAAGAGAUGGGUAGUAAGGGCACUCAGCCCUGCUGCGUCUCUGAUGUACACAAGAUGGCUUGUUUUACUGUAAAUGAACUCCUCUACUGCCCCCCCCCUUAUCCACUGUAUGUAACUGGACCCAUAUCAUGCCUUCUGGGAUAUCCCUUAAGAGUUUCCCAGGUCUCUUUGUAUGGUUAUAUUUUCUCUUUUUUCUGGGUGUGUGUAGUUCUGUUGGUAAGGGUAAGCACUAGGGAGGAUACUAGCCCUUAUAGAUCUGCUAGUUUGGCAAAAGAGGGGAGGUGUGGGUAAAGUUUGAGGGUGCUAUUACCACAGCCGAAGGUCAACAGUGUAAACAGUCAUUAUCCUGCUGAGUUUUUUUUCCCCUUGUGGCAUUCCCAAUAGUAAAUUGGGAUGUAAAGGUUAGGUUUUUAAAAUGUUAAUUCUCAUGUAUACAUUUAGAUUGCACAUGUAUAAAUAAAUGUAAUUUCUUAA